UUUAAUACCGAAACCACAACCAUUUGAGAAGAAUUACUGAACUAGGCGUUCCAACAUCAAAAGAUUCCACUUUCUCUUCUUCUAAUUCUCUUCAUGAUUCUCGACCUCAAGCAAAGCAUAAAAAACCUCAAAAAUUCCAAAUUCGUUCGAUUUCCAUCAUUUUCUCGGCAACCAAUCAAAGAUACCAAACUCACAAACAUAAUUUGACCAAAAGCCAAACCUUCACACUGAGACUCUCACACACGAAAUAGAUUAACAUUCAUGCACAGUCAUGUUUACCUGAACUAUGGCUGGCUGGACUCGAGACUCAGCAGAGAUGAUAGCAGUAGCGGCGGCGUUCACGGUCUCGACGCUGUUGUUGACGGUUCUCAUCAUCUUAGAUUUUGUGGCGUGAAAUGGUGUGCUCCUAGCAUCAGGCAAAUUAUGUUCCGACGAGCUAGGUUCAUCGCGACGAACCCAGGCUUUUGGGUUCGCGACGAACCCAGGCUCCUAGGUUCGCCUGAAGAUCUGGAUGAGUUUUUUCAAGAUAAGGUGAAAUUUGGUGAUAAUUCCACUACUGUAGUCAAGGGAAAGGGAAAGGUAACCAUUCGUGCCAAAGACAAUUCAAUUCAAACUAUUGCUAAUGUUCUGUAUGUACUAGAUUUGAAGUCGAAUUUGCUUAGUCUAGGACAGCUUCAGGAGAAAGGAUAUGAAAUCCCGAUUAAAGAUGGAGUUUGCCAAGUUCAUGAUUCAAAGUUUCGCUUGAUUGCAAAGAACUCAGAAGGUCAGACACAGCAGACUAGAGGUUUAACUUUAGCAGAUCUCAAAGUUUCAAGACAGACAGUUGAAGAAAGUCUGCCUGCAGACAUAGAGCUCAGUACUGGAGGAAGUCUGCCAACAACACCAAAAUUGGAAUUUGGAACUAGUUCACAACCUCAACGCAAAAAGAGAAGACCAGCAUGGUUGGAGGAUUAUGAGGAAGUUCUGGACAUAUUUCAAAUGAAGAACUGCAAUUCUGUCAUUACACCAGUUGACAAAGGUGUAAAGCUCAUGAAAGAUCCAGGAGGCAGAUUUAUGGAUAGCAAACUGUAUAAGCAGAUUGUUGGAAGUUUGAUGUAUCUCACAGCAACAAGACCAGACAUAAUGUAUGGUGUAAAUUUUGGACUAUUCUACAAGAAGGGUGACCAAACAGAUCUCGCAUGCUUUACAGCUAGUGUUUAUGCUGGAAAAUUGGAUGAUAGAAAAACCACUUUUGGGUAUGUUCUUAUGUUGGGAUCUGGGGCAGUUUCGUGGUCUUCAAAGAAGCAGCCCAUUGUGACUUUUUCCACAACAGAAGCAAAGUAUGUGGCAGCAACUUUUUGUGCUUGUCAAGCUAUUUGGUUGAGAAGAGUUCUAGAAGAACUUGCGUUGAAUCAACAUGCGGCCACUUCAAUUUAUUGUGAUAACAGUUCAACUAUCAAGCUUUCUAGAAAUCCAGUUCUGCAUGGGACAAGCAAGCAUAUACAUGUGAGGUAUCAUUUCUUGUGCAACUUGGUAGAAGAUGGAACAAUUGAGUUGACUUAUUGCAGAACAGAAGAUGAAGUAGCUGAUAUAUUUACAAAACCCCUCAAAGUAGCAACUUUUUCAAACUAAGAGAGUUACUUGGUGUUUGCAGCAUGCAGAAUUUAGUUUGAGGGAGGGUUUGUAGAUUCCAGAUUGCAGACAUGGUGUUAUCAAGAUUUCUUUAAACUAAAGUUUGAAGACUUUC